AUGCCACUGCUCGUUCUGCAGGCUGGACGUGUGCCUCCUGCCCGCGCCGAGAGCGCCUUCGCCGUGGCAUUACAGCACGUACCGCCGGCCAGGGAGGAGGCCGAACCCAAACCCGAUGUAAGGCGCAGAACAGCGUUCUGGCCGCGUCGGAGCGCUGACAGGAACCGCGCAUUUCAGCACCUUCGGCAGAUUUUAGAGCAGCUGUGGGAAGGCGACCGCAGCUCCGCCAUUUUACUCCAGCUGAACCAUCCCAAUGUGGUGGCUGCCCGCGACGUCCCUGAAGGGAUGCAGAAGCUUGCACCAAAUGAUUUGCCAUUGCUGGCCAUGGAGUACUGCCAAGGCGGAGACCUCCGCAAGUACCUGAAUCAGCUGGAGAAUUGCUGUGGUUUGCGGGAAGAAGCAAUUCUCAUCUUGUUAUCUGAUAUUGCUUCUGCUCUCAGGUACCUUCAUGAGAACAGGAUCAUCCACAGAGACUUGAAACCAGAGAACAUUGUGCUGCAGCAAGGAGAGCAAAGGUUAAUACACAAAAUCAUUGACCUGGGUUACGCUAAGGAGUUGGAUCAGGGUAGCCUAUGCACAUCAUUUGUUGGGACUCUGCAGUACUUGGCUCCAGAGCUGCUGGAACAGCAGAAGUAUACGGUGACGGUGGAUUACUGGAGCUUUGGCACACUGGCCUUUGAGUGCAUUACAGGCUUCCGACCAUUCCUCCCCAACUGGCAGCCAGUGCAAUGGCAUACAAAAGUGCGACAGAAGAGCGAGCUGGAUAUUGUUGUUUCAGAAGACUUAUCUGGAGAAGUCAAAUUUUCUAGCAGUUUACCGUGCCCAAACAAUCUAAACAGUGUUUUGGCUGGGAGACUGGAGAAAUGGCUGCAACUCAUGUUAAUGUGGCACCCACGGCAGAGGGGUACCCAUCCUACAUAUGGACCCAAUGGGUGUUUCAAAGCUUUGGAUGACAUUUUGAACUUGAAGUUGCUUCAUGUUUUGAACAUGGUUACGGGAACUGUACACACCUACCCUGUGACAGAGGAGGAGACUCUGCAGACUGUGAAAGCCAGGAUCCGGUCAGAUACGGGAAUCCCAGAACAGGACCAGGAGCUCCUGCAGGAAGCUGGACUUGCACUGCUUUCUCAGAAGUUGGCCACUAAACAUAUAGCUGAUAGCAAGGUGAAUGAUACUGCAGCUGCAGACACAGACCUCCUCUUCCUCUUUGAUAACCAGAAAGUUGCUUAUGAGGCUCAGGUUGCCUUGCGUCCUCAUCCAGAAAGCGUCGACUGCAUCCUUCAGGAUCCAAAGAAGAAUCUCCACUUUUUCCAGUUGCGGAAAGUGUGGGGUCAGAUCUGGCACACAAUCAGGAUGCUGAAAGAGGACUGUAACCGGCUUCAGCAGGGGCAGCGAGCAGCCAUGAUGAAUCUGUUGCGUUACAAUAGCACCCUCUCGAAGAUGAAGAAUUCUAUGGCGUCCCUUUCCCAGCAGCUGAAAGCAAAGCUGGACUUCUUUAAAACAAGCAUCCAAAUCGAUCUGGAGAAGUAUAAAGAGCAGAUUGAAUUUGGAAUUACUUCUGAGAAGCUGCUGCUUGCCUGGAAAGAGAUGGAGCAAGCUGUGGAACUUUGCGGGCGGGAGGAUGACGUGGAUCAGCUAGUGAAGAGGAUGAUGGCCCUGCAGACAGACAUUGUGGACCUGCAGAGAAGCCCACUAGGUCGCAAACAAGGAGGAACACUGGAGGAUUUAGAAGAACAAGCCAGAGAGCUGUAUCGGAGAUUGAGAGAGAAGCCGAGAGGUAAAAACGUUUUAGCUCAAGAUCAGAGGACAAGUGGUGACAGCCAAGAAAUAGUACGACUGCUUCUACAGGCAAUCCAGACCUUUGAAAAGAAAGUCCGAGUCAUUUAUGCUCAGCUCAGUAAAACUGUAGUUUGCAAGCAGAAGGCACUGGAAUUGUUCCCCAGAGUGGAGAAAGUGAUGAAUCUGAUGAAUGAAGAUGAGGAAACGGUUGUUAGGCUUCAGGAGAAACGACAGAAAGAACUGUGGAACUUGCUGAAAAUUGCUUGUAGUAAAGUACGCGGUCCUGUUACUGGCAGUCCAGAGAGCAUGAACACAUCACGUCUCAGUAGCCCUGGUCAGCUGCUGCUGCAGGUCUCUUCUGGAACCUACGAUUUAUCGGAAUCUGUCAGGAAAAGUGAGGAGCUACUGCUGGAAUCACAGAAAAUCUGUACCCAACUAGAAAAUGUGAUGCAUGACACAAUGAAGGAUCAAGAGCAGAGCUUCAUGGCUCUAGAUUGGAGCUGGCUGCAGCUUCAGGUAGAAGAAACAAACAGUCCAGAACAAACCCAGAUGUAAAAUCACUUCAGUUGCCUCCAAAGACAUGCUACUUCGGGAAGCAAACUGUGAAAAGCUGUUGCCUCCGAGAAGGGAAGUUCAAAUGCCUCCUUCUACUGUCACCUACUGCGUAUGUGAUACACAUGGCCUAGCCUUUAGGAUCCACCUCUCAGGCACUUUUUUCACAACGAUACAGUAGGAAAUGCCUGUUCUAACUGCUUGGAAAAUAUUCUUAAUUGUGCCUUAAGACAGCAGAUAUUCUUAUUCUCUGUCCUGAUGUAUCUUCCCGUAGGCAUCACAUGUUCUGCUGCCUUUUAGGCUUUCUCAUGAACAAUGGACAACACAUGCAAUCAGCUUGCACAG